AUGAGAGUAUCCAUGUUUGAUUCAAAGAACGCUGAUCGCAGACGGGCGGGGUGUGCGCGUGUUUACAUCCGAAAGCACGCUGCUGAAGAAGUCUGGAUGGAGUGGGUGUUUGUGAUGAACCGGAUGAGCGCCCAGAGCAGCUCCACGGUCCAGCGGCGGCGGAUGUUUCUGGGCAUCAUCAUCCUGCUGCUGGUGGAUGUCAUCUGGGUCGUCUCCUCCGAGCUCACCUCUUACAUAUUCAAGCAGCAGGAGUACAACAAGCCCUUCUUCAGCACGUUCACAAAGACCUCCAUGUUUGUCCUGUAUCUACUGGGCUUUCUGUUGUGGAGGCCGUGGAGGCAGCAGUGCACCGGGACUCUCAAAAGAAGACCCUCUGCUUUUUUUGCAGAUGCCGAGGCUUACUUUGCUCGCUGCAACACUGACGCGGCUGCGGACAACUGCUUGAGUGAACCGCUGUAUGUUCCGGUCAAGUUCCAGGAUGUACCCAACGAGACGUCAUGCAGUUUGAUCGGUGACAUCGAAACAACCUCCUCGAAAAAGCAGCGUGUUCGUUUCAGUAACAUCAUGGAGGUGCGUCAGCUGCCCUCCACUCAGGCCCUGGAGGCAAAACUGUCCCGGAUGUCCUAUCCCGCCGCCAAGGACCACGAGGCCAUGCUGCAGACCGUGGGCAAACUCACAAUCACAGACGUGGCCAAAAUCAGCUUUUUUUUCUGCUUUGUGUGGUUUCUUGCCAAUCUCUCGUAUCAAGAGGCUUUGUCUGACACACAAGUGGCAAUCGUCAACAUUCUGUCUUCAACCUCAGGUCUUUUCACACUCAUCUUGGCGGCCAUCUUCCCCAGUAACAGCAGCGAUCGCUUCACUUUAUCCAAACUUCUGGCUGUGGGUUUAAGUAUGGGAGGAGUGGCUCUCGUCAGUCUCUCCAGUAUGGAAAACCCUGAUGAGAAGGGAGCUAUAGGUUCGUUGUGGUCCUUAGCUGGAGCCAUGCUUUAUGCUGUGUACAUAGUGAUGAUAAAGAGACGAGUGGACCGGGAGGACAAACUGGACAUCCCCAUGUUUUUUGGGUUCGUGGGUCUGUUUAACCUGCUGCUACUGUGGCCUGGCUUCCUCUUCCUUCACUAUACCGGGUUUGAGGCAUUUGAGCUCCCGAGUCAACUGGUCUGGACCUACAUCCUCAUCAACGGACUCAUCGGAACAGUCCUGUCUGAGUUUCUCUGGCUGUGGGGCUGUUUUCUUACUUCAUCGUUAAUUGGGACUUUGGCUCUGAGCCUCACCAUUCCUCUCUCUAUUCUGGCUGAUAUUUGUAUGCAGAAGGUGCGUUUCUCGUGGCUGUUUUUUGCCGGAGCCGUUCCCGUGUUUCUUUCCUUCUUCAUCGCGGCUCUUCUCUGUCACUACAACAAUUGGGACCCGGUGCUGGUGGGACUGAGGCGCUUCUACAGGCUCCUCUGCAGAAGACACCGGCUGCAGAGACUUCCAGACGACAGUGAGCAGUGUGAGAGUCUGAUUCCCCUAAACACCAUCUCUCCACACGAAGCUGACUACUGCUCCUGA